CGGCGAAAAGAAUAACAAGUGCUCCAAAAAACUUUCUUCAUACCUCUUAGACUAUUUUAUGUGGAUUUCUGAUGAAAAUUCGAUGUUUUGUGAUAAGCAUACCCCUGUGAUGCCGUAAAUCUAAAAUGGACUGGACAAUCAAGAUUGUUAAUGUUUGAACAGUAGGAAGACUUGUGUCUGAGUAACUCAACAUGGCGAAAGUCAAACGACUGUUCAGGUUCCACAAGAGCACCACUGAUUUGUCUGAGUGGAACAAGAAUGAUGACAAGCUGCUUAAGGCGGUGGAACGAGGAGAUGUGGCCAAAGUGGAUAGUCUCCUGAACCGCAAGACUUUACUGCCCACCAAACCCGGGCCAAAGGGGAUGUCUGUGUUUCAGAUGGCUGCAGGAUCUGGUCAGUUGACCAUUGUAGAGAGAUUCCUGGCUUAUGGUGGUGGACAUCAACAGCACAGAUCUCAUGGGUCGUACAGCGUUGCACAUGGCUGCCAAACUUGGCUGGCCUCUGAUGGUGGAGAACUUCUAAUGAUGGGAGCCAAUCAGAACUGUGUGGACAGUGACCACAUGAGUGCUGUACAUUAUGCCUGCGGAAGCUCCCACUUACCCUGUGUCCAGUCCCUGAUUCAGUAUAGGGCCAAUGUAAACAGUAAAGACAAGAGUGGACGCAGCCCAUUGUUUUACUGUGCCAGAGGUGGGGAGGUACGCAUGUGUAAGCUUCUGUUGGACAACGGUGCUGACAUCAACCUGCAAGACCACUUUGGAAGGACAGCCUUAAUAUUUGCAGCAAGUAAGGGUCACAGAGAGGUGUGUGAGUUACUGCUGAAGCACGGGGCAAAUGCAGAGUGCCGGGAUGAGGAAGGUCUGAAAGCUGUGGAGUAUUCUAUAAAAGCUGGUCAUACAGACCUCCAGGAAGUAUUUGACAAUGCACUUGUACAGGCCUCUUGGGAGGUUACAGGAGGGGACUCAGGUACGCCUGAAGGUACGGAUAAUAAUUCCGACAUUGUGAAUCCCUUCAGCCCUGAAGACUCUCCUACAACAAGUGCCAAACAGUCUGCUCCAAAGUUCCCUAAGGAUUCACCAAGUGCACCAUCUACACCCAAAUCACCUCAUUCAUGGGAGACAACUCCACACUCACCUUCCACUACUGAUCAGCGAACCAUGGAUGCAUAUAAGGAGCUGGAAGAGGAGCAUGAGUUGUUAAUGGAAGAAUUACGGGCCCUGCGGGUCUCUCACAUUAAACUUCAGGACAAAUUACAGUUCAUUACAGAGAGGUCACAGAAAUCAGGGGAGAAUGGAGCUGACAACCAAAGAAUUCAAGCACUGGAAAACGAGCUGAAGAAGAUCAAGAAUUUGUACUCUGCCGAGCAGGAGAAGAAUAUGCAGCUAGAAACCAAAAUAGAGAAACACGGUCUUCGAAGUGAGAGUCCCUCAGAGAGCCCUGGUGGUGUGGAUAGCUGGGAAGAUAGCGAUGACGAUCUGUUUGGUAAUCCUACAGAGAAGAAGCCCAAGUCUGGAACGGGUAGAGAUGACCAGUUAGUGGCCCUUCUUAGGAGUCAGAUACUCAGCCUGAGGCAGGAGAAUGAUCAUCUCAAGGAAAAACUUCAGAAUGACAGCAGUGUAACCAAUGGGGUGCCAUCUCUGAGCCAGUCGCCGCUGACACACUCUAUCAGCGGGCUUUCUGAAGGGGAGUCUGGGAUACUUAUGAACGGAGAGCGUUCUCGGACACCCAGUGACGAGGGGGAUGUUGCACCUAGAGAUGAGACAAGCGUUCGGGAAGAGAACCAAAUUUUAAAAGAAACCAUCAAGAAAAUGCAGGUGACAUACUCUGCUUUAGUGGAGGCAGGCGACAAGCUUCAGAUAGAGUAUGAUCAGCUGUAUGAGGAGAAAAUGGUGCUAGAGGAAAAACUACAAGUACUCACCAAGGAAAAGGAAGAACUUACCAAAGAGAACAAUAUCUUGGCUGCAGAGAAUCUGCACGAAGACAUUGAAAAAUUGUUGAAUGAGCUUGAGACACUUCAACAGAAAAACAAGCAAUUAGAGAAGGAGAAAGAGGAGCUUAGCCGUCAGCACCUGGGGCUGACAAUUAACUCAGGUGUUGACGUGAGUGGUGAGCUGGCACGUGUCACAGAGGAGCGUGACGCACUGAAGCUACACUGUGACGAGCUGGAAGAGACGGCAGCUAGGCUGAAACAGGACCACGAUAUCGUCAUUGAGGAGAUUCAGAGCGUGCAAGAGCGAUUUUCCUACGUCCAGACGGAUAGAGACCAACUGCAGCAGGAAUUGGACCUGAUCCAAGAUGAACUGGAGAAACUAACACAACAGUAUGAGGUAUGCCAGCAGGAGUAUAACCAGCUGGAGCAAGACUAUGCGGAGCUGCUGGCCGAGAAGGGCAAAUUAGAACAGGACAUCCUGAACGUAGAAGUAGGAUCCUCAUCAGAAUCAAACCAGACGAUCUCCCCACAUGAGCAGGAGGUCCUCAUCCAGCAAAAUAGCAUUCUGUCAGAGGAGAAAGAAGUGCUGGAAAACAAAGUGCUCAAGCUGGAAACUUCCAAACAUAUGCUGGAAACAGAGCUGGAUAGCCUCAAGGACAAAGGAACGCUCAAGGUCAAAGUAAGCGAUGAUAACCAGAACAUUGUUACAACCAGUCCAAACUCCACAAUCCCACUGUCAACCAGUCCCCUACCAGACAGCUCAGAGAAGGACAAGCAGAUUAGGUCUCUGCAAGUGAGAAUCUCACGGUUACAACAGCAAGUUACAGAGAUGGAGAGGAAGCACAAAGAUACAGUGAGCACCUACAGAACACACCUCAUUAGUGCCGUACAGGGUCGGAUGCAUCCAGAAGUUCAGGAAGCUUUACACCAUAUUAUAGACUUACGAAGCAAGGAGGAAUACUGCUGAUGUGGGGUGUGGCAGGGGG